AUGACGACUGGGAAAGCACCAGGCUUCGCGGAACAAUCCUCCCCUGCAGCACUGGCCAUCGAUGAUCUCAACGCCAGCGUCUCAAACCUUCACUUCGAUGGCAACUUGACACGUCGUUGGUCAAGACGUGGCUCAAAAAAGCGCCUGUUGGCAAAGAUUUGGACCUCUUGGACUUGGGAGGAGUUCCUUGGAAGUUCGGAAAGAGUUGCCAUGGUCUUAUCCUGGGACCCUCCUGUGGAACUGUUGCGGGUGGACGUCUAUGUGGCCUACUUCGCCACGGGCGAUCUGGGACAGAAUCGCUCUCAGAUUGGCCAAGAUGUUCCCGUGGGAACGGAUCAAGUCCUGAUUCCAGCGGAAACUCCGCGGGGGAUCUUUUCGCACUUCGUGUCUUGA